AUGAUAAACGAGCGUACAAUUACCUUAGAUAAUGCUGGGGAAAAGCCCAAUGACAACCUAAAAGCUAUUGCAGUUGCUGAUGCGUCGAAUGAAAGUCUCACCGUAUCCAAUGGUAUUGAAGAGGAGGAAAAGGCAAUGGGGCUUUCUGAGGAAGAGGCAAAACUACCCCCUGACGGUCCCACAGAAGAAGAUGGGCCCGAUGGAGGCUACGGCUGGUUUGUAGUUUUGGGAGCCUUUCUUGUCCAAGUUACUACAUUUGGUGUGAUGCAAGAUUUCUUUGAACAAAACAUAUCGCAUAACGAUCCCAAGACCGCCGUCAAUCUGAGUUUUGUGGGUACGAUUGCUAUGGUGUUUAUGAAUGCUAUGAGUCCGAUCAUGCAAAUUUGUGUGUCCGUCUUGGGGAUGCGUUGUGUCUUGAUUGGCGGAACUCUCCUCGUCUCACUGGGUCUCGAGAUGGCUAGUUUAUCAAGCCAAAUCUGGCAUCUCUAUCUCACGCAAGGCAUUGUGUUUGGUACUGGUGCUUCUGCUAUUUAUGUGUCUAUCAUGGGUGUCGCUCCUCAGUGGUUCACUAAACGUCGUGGACUUGCACUCGGCAUCGUUGCUAGUGGUUCGGGUAUUGGUGGAUUGGUCAUGCCGUUUGUGAUGACGGGUAUUAAUCAGACAUUAGGAUCCGGCUGGACCUACCGUAUCAUUGGUUUCAUCUGUCUGAUAUGCGAUGUGGUUGCUUGUCUCACUGUUCGCCCUCGAGACAGGAGCCAGGCCAAAAACAAGAAGAAAAGUCUCUCUCAAGUCAUCGAUCUGGACGUGUUGAAAAACGGCAAUUACAACUUGUUUCUUGUUGCAUCCAACAUUGGUCUGUUUGGCUACUUUAUCCCGUACUUCUUUAUACCCUCCUACGCGACGUAUCUUGGUCUUUCUGCGUCUCAAGGGUCUGCUCUUGUCGCUGUCACUGCCACCUGCAACUUUGUAGGUCGUAUUAUCGCAGGCUUCCUUGCUGAUAGAAUUGGCAAAAUCAACACCAAUUUUGUUUUCACCGUCAUCACGGCGAUCAGUUGUUUGCUUAUCUGGACUUUUGCUCAUACCUAUGGCAGUCUGAUGGGCUUUUCCGUCGUCUUCGGUCUCACCAGUGGCUCCUUCUUCGCCAUGAUCUCUCCCAUUACCGCCCAUUUACUGGGUAUGGAAAAGUUUCCCUCCGGUUUGUCGUUGUUGCUCUUUUCCAACGUGGUUCCUGUUUUCGGUCCCAAUAUUGCUAGUGCUGUUGAAGCAGGUGUCAGUUCUGCUCCUUUCUUCAGUUACAAAAUGUUUGCUGGCAUUGCGUAUGUCCUGUCCGCCAUCUUUCUUUUUGUUCUUAAACUUCGAAUCAAUCGCCAUCCUUUUGCAAAGGUGUAA